UUGGUCAUCCUCGCUCAGCCGCUGAACUCGUGCCGGAAAUCGCAGCGGCCGACAGUACAAAAUCAAAGGUCAAAACAUACACAAAAUCAUCUGGUUAAAAAUCAAUCGUGAUAAAUUCAUUAAUUCAAAGCAGAAGAAGAAUGGGGAGACCAAAGGGAGAAGCUGCAAGAAGCAAGUCUCGCCCCUCUAGCAGCAGUUUGGCUGCUUCGCUAGUGCCUUCAGGUGCUACCGCCGUAGGUUUCGGUGGCUAUGUUGGAAGCUCAAGAGUCGACUCUUCUCUCGCAUCAACACCAGAAGCCUCCUCUUUUAUGAACGAUCUUGAUGGUGAAAUGGCACAACACUUGAAGCGACUUUCUCGCAAGGACCCUACUACCAAGCUCAAAGCUUUGACAUCGCUAUCUCAACAUCUCAAACAGAAAACUGCAAAGGAAAUAGUACCAAUAAUUCCUCAGUGGGCCUUCGAAUACAGGAAGCUGCUUCUGGACUACAAUAGAGAAGUUCGACGAGCAACUCACGACACCAUGACUAAUCUUGUCGAUGCCGUGGGGAGAGAUUUGGCUCCACAUCUAAAGCCUUUGAUAGGACCAUGGUGGUUUUCUCAGUUCGAUUCAGUUUAUGAAGUUUCUCAAACUGCAAAGAGAUCAUUUCAGACGGCGUUUCCAGCUCAGGAGAAAAGGCUAGAUGCCUUAAUGUUAUACGCAGCUGAGAUAUUUUUGUAUAUAGAAGAAAAUUUAAAGCUUACCCCGCAAAGUUUGUCAGAUAAAACAAUAGCAUCUGAUGAAUUGGAAGAGAUGCAUCAACAGGUAGUUUCCUCAUCAUUACUGGCAUUGGCAACACUGCUUGAUGUUCUUGUAUCUGGGCAAUUUGAAAGGUCUGAUUUGGACAACAUGAUAGGUGAAUCAAAGCAUGCUGUGAAAGCCAGGGCUAUGAAUGUGGCUGUUUCUAGUGCAGAGAAGUUGUUCUCCGCUCAUAAAUAUUUUCUAGACUUUCUAAAGUCUCAAAGCCCAGCAAUCCGUUCAGCUACAUAUUCAGUGCUGAGGAGUUAUAUAAAAAACAUACCUGAUGUUGUAAAUAAAGGUGAUAUGAAAAGUCUAGCUGUGACUAUACUUGGUGCUUUCCAGGAAAGGAAUCCAGCAUGCCAUUCAUCAAUGUGGCAAACAGUGCUUAUCUUUAGUAGAACAUAUCCAGACAGUUGGACUACCUUGAAUGUUCAAAAAAUUAUUCUAAGUCGGUUAUGGGAUUUUCUGAAGAAUGGAUGUUUUGGAUCUCAGCAAGUGUCUUACCCAGCUCUAGUUUUAUUUUUAGACACAAUUCCUCCAAAAGCAGUUGUAGGAGAGAAAUUUAUCCUGCAAUUUUUCCAGAAUUUGUGGGCAGGGAGAAAGUUGUCUUACUUUUCUAACGGGGAUCAACUGGCAUUUUUCGUGGGCUUGGAAGAAUGUUUCCUUUGGACUUUAAGAAAUGCUUCUAGAUAUUGUGAUGGAGUAGAAGCCAUUUACAGCUUCCAGCGUACUCUUGUUGAUACGGUAGUAAUAGGUCUUCUGUGGCAUGAGUACCUUCUGGCAGCCAGCUCUAAAUAUCAGGACACAUCCUUCUCUGAAACUACUAUCUCUUCAUCCAAGUGUAGUACGGAACCUGUUGAUAAGGAGUCAAGGGAAACAUUUAAUGUCAAAUAUCCAGCAGAUUAUGAGGAAAAUCUUGGGAAAUGCAUCAUCAGAAUCCUUUCAGGGAUCCAUUGCCUGAAACAUGAUCUGCUUUUGGUUUUCUGUUCAACAUUUCAAGGGAAUUGUCUGGAUCUAUUUCGGCAAACAGAGCGCUCUUCUCAAAAUGUAGAAUGGGCUGUCAAAUUUUUAAUUUUACUGGACGAACAUGCUGUACAGAAGGGUGAAUCAUGGCCCUUGGUUAAUUUAUUGGGGCCCACGUUGAAAGAGUCUUUCCCAGUCAUUGAAACAUCUGACUCACCAGAUUCAGUGAGACUUAUCGUGGUUGCUGUUUCGGUAUUUGGGCCUCAGAAGAUUAUUCAAGGUCUUAUAUCUGCUGAUUUGGGGACUCGAGAAUUUUUUCAAUAUUUCAACGAGAGGAUUAUUCCCUCGUGCUUGAGAGAAGUUGGUCCUAAUGCAUCUCGGUUAGACCUCUUGCUGGCAUUACUUGAUGAAGAGUGCUUCUCAGAGCAGUGGAAUGCCAUCAUUAUGUAUUUAAUAAAUUCAGAACAAGUGGGUGUUACUCCUGGAACUGUGGACAACAACAAAAUAUCUAUCUUGGCUAUGUUGAUAGAGAAGGUUAGGGAGAGAACUAGAAAGCAUGCUCAUCUGGAAGGAUCCUGCUCAUACGAAUGGCAUCAUGAGCUUCUAGAUUCAGCUGCUCUCUCUAUCAUCCAUUCUUUUCCUCCAUUUAGGAAGUCUGAUGCUCACUUUUUAUGUGCUGUUCUUGGUGGUGGAGUAGAAGAUGAUAAAGUUUCCUUCUUAUCAAGAAACACAUCGGUUCUUAUAUAUGAAGAAAUAUUUAGAAUUCUGAUGACUUUCAUGCUGGAUUCUAGUUUCAUCUGGGUAAAGAAUAUAUGUUCUUUAUUAAGUAAGAGGGGAAAUUAUUCUUGCCGGGGAUUUGAAUCUUCUACUAAUGUGCUUGAGAUGGCUCAUUUUGCCCUGGAUAUUCUAAAUGGUAGUUUCUUUUGUCUGAAGACUAUGAAUGAUGAAACCGAGUUAGUUUCAGGUAUAUUAGCUGCAAUAUUUAUCAUUGACUGGGAAUUUAACGUGUUAAGUGUUACCAAGGAUGAGAACCAGAUGGGAGAAAUUGAGGCCAGAUUGACAUUCUGUCAGGCUAUCCAUAUUUUUCGUAGCAAGAUAUAUAAUCAGUUCUUUGAAAGUCUCAGCAUAAAUAAUCGAAACAGCCUGGGAACUGUUUUGGUUGAGUCAAUAAAAUGCAUUAUAUUUAUGGAAACUAAAUUAGAUUAUGAGAGAAUCAUAUCUUUAUGCUGCCAAUGGAUGGGUGACAUUUUUGAAUAUUUCUGUAAAGACCAAUUCGAGGAACAGCAGUUGUUGGAGCAAUUACUGACAAAGAAUGAUUGGUGGCCUUUGUGGAUCAUGCCAGAUAAUCGUUUAGGAUCCAGCUUCAAAGCUGAAAAUGGUCCUCUCUAUGCAUCCAAAAACACCUUGUUUGUUGCUUUACUUGACAAACUAAUAUCCAGAAUUGGAUUUGCACGAGUUAUUGCUGCUGCUACCUCUCCAUCUUUAACUGGGGAGCCUAUUAGAGACCUACCAACAAAUAAUCUGUAUUCUUCUCGAGCCUGGCUUGCUGCUGAAAUUUUAUGUACAUGGAAAUGGCUUGGUGGUAGUGCUUUGCACUCUUUUCUGCCUUCUCUAAGUGAAUAUGUGAAGCAUUCUUCUGAAAACUGCCUUCUGGAUUCCAUCGUCAGCAUUCUGCUUGAUGGUGCUCUUGUCCAGGGAGCUGGUACUGGGUUAAGUCCCUUAUGGCCUGCUUCAUACGAUGAGGUACAGGGCAUUGAGGAACCCUUUUUGAGAGCUCUUGUAUCAUUAUUGUUGACUUUUUUUCAAGAUGAUAUAUGGGGGAAGGGCAAAGCUGUAUCGCUCUUUAAUGCACUUCUAGAUAAGCUCUACAUUGGUGAUACAACGAACUUGAAUUGCUUGAGGAUUCUUUCUUCUGUUAUGAGCAUACUUAUAAGACCCUUAAGCAUCAGAUUGGUAGACUCCAGUGUGAGUGACGAGUGUGAUUAUUACAGCCAAAGCAAAUUUCACGAAUCAGUAGUAGACUGGCUUGAGAGAACUGUAUCUUUCCCUCCAUUGAAUACAUGGCAAACUGGAGAAGAUAUGGAGGAUUUCUUUCAGUUGGUUAUAUCUUGCUUCCCAAUUAAAGCAACUGAACAAUUGCAGGGGUUAAAACAAGAGAGAUAUAUCAGUCCUGUGGAGAAAGAACUUCUUUACAAGUUAUUUGAGAAGCAGAGACAGCAUGCUGGUGCAUCAGCUGUAGUAAACAAGCUGCCAUUGGUUCAGAGGUUGUUGUCACAGUUAGUGGUUGUUUCAGUUGCUUAUUGCUGGGAGGAAUUCAAUGAAGAUGAUUGGAAUUUUGUUCUAACUCGGUCAAGAUUUUGGAUUGAGUCAACUGUUGUUAUGAUGGAGGAAGUUGCUGAAAAUGUGAAUGAUGCUGUGUCAAACUGUUCUAGUUCCAAUGAUAUGACAGAUACUCUAAAGAAGCUCAAGAUUGCUGUUUCAACCAUAGACCCUUUUCCCAUAAAACUCGCAACAAAUGCACUUCUUGCCUUCUCUCUGUUUUGUGGCCUCAUGGGACUCCAAAAGAAAGAGUAUCCUGAAAAUUCAAACCCUUUGAGGAUUGAGAGGUGGGAGGUCAUCAAGGAUCGAAUUCUAGAAGGUAUUCUUCGUUUAUUUUUCAGUACCGGCGUUGCUGAGGCCAUUGCAAAUUCGUAUUGCCAAGAGGCUUCGUCUGUUGUUGCGUCAUCUCGCCUGGAUCAUCCUCACUUUUGGGAGUUAGUAGCUUCAAGAGCCAUCGAGUCUAGUUCACAUGCAAGAGACAAAGCUUUGAAAUCGAUAGAGAUUUGGGGUCUAAGUAAAGGGCCAAUAAGCUCUUUGUAUGCUUUACUCUUUUCUUGCAAACCACUUCCUCCUGUGCAGUUUGCGGCGUUUGUUAUUAUUUCAACCGAACCUGUGAUGCACUCAGCUUUUAAAUGUGAUGCUGCUAGUUUGGUGAAGGGUGAUACGUCUAACAACGAGGGUCCUCACAAUCCUGAUAUUUCUUCUGAAGGAAAUGUUCGUUUGAGGGAAGAAAUUUCUCACAUGCUUGAAAAGUUUCCAGAGGAGGUCUUUGAAAUGGAUUUAGUGGCAAAUGAGCGGGUGAACAUAUUUCUUGCUUGGUCUUUGUUUCUGUCACAUCUAGGAUCCUUGCCAUCAACUUCGUCUGAAAGAGAAAGAAUGGUUCAGUAUGUGCAAGACUCUAUCAAUUCAGUAAUACUGGAUUGUCUUCUCCAACACAUUCAAUUGGAAUUGUACGUGGUGCCAGGCUCAAGAAGGAAAGAUGUAGAACUUCCAGCAACAGUAUCCGAAGCAGCCACAGCUGCAACACGUGCCAUCAGGGACAGAUCAGUAUUGUUUUGCAUAGAGUCACUUUGGCCUGUUGGAAUAGAGAAAAUGGCCUCACUUGCUGGUGGAAUAUUUGGUUUGAUGCUUCAUAUUCUUCCUGCCUAUGUUCGUGGAUGGUUUAGUGACAUACGAAAUCGUUCUACUUCAUCUUCUGUUGAAUCUUUCACGAAAGCAUGGUGUAGCCCAACACUUGUUACAAAUGAAUUAUCUCAGAUCAAGAAAGCCAGUUUUGCUGAUGAAAAUUUCUCAAUUAGUGUGAGAAAAUCAGCUAAUGAGGUUGUGGCCACCUAUUCGAAGGAUGAAACGGGAAUAGAUCUAGUAAUUCGUCUUCCUCCAUCUUACCCUCUGAGACCUGUAGAUGUAGAUUGUACCAGGAGCCUUGGAAUUAGCGAGUUGAAGCAGAGAAAGUGGUUGAUGUCAAUGAAGUCGUUUGUUUGUAAUCAGAAUGGAGCCUUAGCUGAAGCAAUACGGAUAUGGAAGAGCAAUUUUGACAAGGAAUUUGAAGGUGUUGAAGAGUGCCCUAUCUGUUAUAGUGUCAUCCACACUGCCAACCAUAGCUUGCCUCGCCUUGCUUGCAAGACCUGCAAGCAUAAAUUCCAUUCUGCCUGCCUCUACAAGUGGUUUUCAACUUCUCACAAAUCAACCUGUCCCCUGUGCCAAUCUCCCUUUUGAUCCCAGAAAAUGAAGUCAUCACAUUUAUUCACUGCGCUGCAGUUUUUAAGUGUAAUCUCAGGUGCUUUAUAUUUAUUGACUGCGGACUCAAUUUGAAGAAUGCAAAGGGCACUAAUUUCAAGCAUCCAAACUUUAAAGUGCUUAAAACCGCAGCCCCCCCCCCCCCCCCCCACCCCCCCCC